AUGACUUUGCUAUGCAAUUGCUUAAGUUUGUGUCUUUUUUUUGUUUCCGUGCUUGGCAGAAACUUCACAGUACUCACUAAUGACAGCGGUGCCAUUUGCCGUCGAGUUCAAGCAAAACCCAAUAAUGACGGCUCAUAUGUCAAACUUCUUGUAAAUGAAAUUAUAGCUGACUACAAAAUCCCUGGUUUGAUAUUCAAUUAUGAUGAUAUCGUCAACUUUGCAUCGGUUCCUAUAUUUGAGAAUUUCACUAAUUUAUACCCUCAAAACAAGACGGAGUUGUACCUCAAGAUGUUGAACGAUGAAGGUCAAUUCAUAACCGACACCGUUGAGGGGCAUUCUCUUGACUCACUUAAUUUCUGGAGUGGGAUCAUAGAUAAAGAGAUUAUAUUUCCUGUGGUAGAUUCCGGAAUGUAUUGUGUCUAUAUUGCACCAGACCCUGUCAAUGUUCCAAAUUUUGUGUUGCCAGUACAUUUUAAAAAGUAUUACGGAAAUCUAAACUACGCCGGCUACUUGUAUUAUAACAGUUUGAAGUGGAUGUUGGUACUUUUGGUGGGUAUAUUUGCUGCAUUGAUGAAGCUUACAAAGACUAAGGAUGCAAAAGGCUCACAAAAUUUGAGUUCUGUUAAAGCCAUCACGAAUACGGUUGUACUCUUAACUUUAAUCCCAUUUACUGUGGAGUAUACAAUCUACUUUAUUCAAUUAUACCUGCAAAACUACUUGAUUGAACCGUACAAAUCGGUUUCGAUCAUGGCCAUUUUACCAUUCAUUUCGGAACUCGCCACGAAUAUCCAUCAAGCUGUUGACCAGUACGUAGCUCUUCUUUUUGCAAUGGGACUUGGUGUCGUUUACUACUACAAUGAUGAUUCACAAAGUUAUAGGAAAUUCCCGCGUGAUUGGUUUCUAAAGACGACUGUGUUGUUCGCGGUGAAUCUCUCUAUAAUGAUUAUCGGAAUGAUUUGCAUCCAAUCACCAGGCACUAUCCCUUUAGUUUGGACCACAAUUGCGACAGAAAGUUUUGCCGAUAUCUUGAAUGGUGUGAAUCUCUUACUUGACUUUAUUUGGAUCUUGUUGUCCAUAGUGUUUUACUUCAAGACUAAGAAGCGAUUGACGGCAAUUCCACCUAACCCUGACAUAGGAUCAUCAGAUAAAGUCGUUUCCGCAUUUAAGAAAUCAACUUUGGUGAUCUGGAUUAUGCCCUUGCUUAUACAUGGUCUCGGUGCAGCGGUCGGGGGCUCUUGGCUCAUAUCCAAUAUAUUCAAGGAACUAGAUCAUAUGCCAACCCAGUCUGCAGAUACUCAAGCAAGAUAUGGAUCAAUACUUCUGAUGCAAUCAGUAGAGAGAGCACAAUUAUUAAAUGUACAACUUACCCAUUGGUCAGGUUGGUUAAACACAUUCCUCACCAUUGGUUUAGUGGUUCUCAUAUGGGUUCGCAGUAGCAAUAAAGCAGCAUUGGAUGAAAAGAAUAAAUAG